GACAUUAGAAUCUCUGGAUUUCCAAAGAUACAAGAAACCUUUGCCAGAAUUUGUGGAUACUGUGAACAAAAUGAUGUCCACUCUCCUCAAGUAACUGUCUUUGAAUCUUUAAUUUACUCAGCCUUUCUUCGGCUCCCAAAAGAAGUUACCAAGGAGCAAAAGAUGAAUUUUGUGGAAGAAGUGAUGAAUUUAGUUGAACUAGACAAUCUUAAGGAAGCUAUUGUGGGGAUUCCAGGAGUUACUGGAUUGUCAACAGAACAGAGAAAGAGAUUGACAAUAGCGGUUGAACUUGUUGCUAACCCCUCAAUUAUAUUUAUGGAUGAACCGACUUCUGGUUUAGAUGCAAGAGCAGCAGCAAUUGUCGCGAGGACUGUAAGAAACACGGUGGACACAGGAAGAACGGUUGUUUGUACUAUUCAUCAGCCCAGCACCGAUAUCUUUGAAGCAUUUGAUGAGCUGCUUCUCUUGAAGAGAGGAGGUGAAAUGAUCUACGCAGGACCAUUGGGCCAACAUUCCCAGAGAAUCGUCGAAUACUUUGAGGCAAUUCCUGGAGUCCCAAAGAUUAAAGAGAAAUGUAAUCCGGCAACAUGGAUGCUGGAAGUGACCUCAGUGGCAGCUGAAACCCGACUUGGGAUUGAUUUUGCUACACAUUACAAAUCAACAACAUUAUAUGAGCAAAAUAGAGCUCUGGUAAAAGAGUUGGGCAAACCAUCUCCCGGGGCAAAAGACAUAUAUUUUCCCACACAGUAUUCUCAGCCCAUAUGGAACCAAUUCAAGUCCUGUCUCUGGAAGCAAUGGUGGACUUACUGGAGAAGUCCUGAUUAUAAUCUAGUUAGACACUUCUUUACCUUGGCUUGUGCACUAAUAGUUGGUACAAUUUUUUGGAGAGUCGGCACGAAAAGGGAAAGCAAUACAGAUCUUUUGACUAUCAUCGGAACCAUGUAUACCUCUGUGUUGUUUGUCGGAGUUAGUAAUUGCUCAACGGUACAGCCCGUAGUCGCCAUAGAGAGAACCGUGUUUUAUAGGGAACGAGCAGCAGGAAUGUACUCGGCAUUACCAUAUGCCAUGGCACAGGUGGUCGUAGAAAUACCUUGCGUACUUCUUCAGGCUACUUAUUAUACUCUAAUAGUGUAUGCAAUGCUGAGCUUUGAAUGGACAGCGGCUAAAUUCUUC